UUUCGAGACUAUACACAUCGGUGUCUGUGUUUUACGCACAUUUAAACUGUUAUUGGUAUAUGUACCGAAGUAGAAAUACCGCUAGCUCACUAAUAUCUUGUGUCUUGGAGAGUUAAGAAUUAUUUUCUCAACUUCAGUGCUUUAAGAGCCGAUUCACAGAAAGUAACAGGUGCGUGCGUGCGGGGAUUGGAGUCGUGAAUAGGAGCGCGGCGGUCACCAAGAUUCUUGUCUGUUGCCCAACAACAAUAAAUAGCUACAUUUUGAGUAGAUUAUUCUCAACUACAGCUCAGCCUGACAGACGUCUCAGAAAUGGCUAACUCGGGCGUUCAGUUGCUUGGAUUUGGUCUCUCAUUGAUUGGCAUCAUUGGACUCAUCGUGGGCACCAUCCUCCCGCAGUGGAAGAUGUCCGCGUACGUAGGGGACAGUAUUAUCACAGCAGUCGCCACUUACCAGGGACUGUGGAUGUCCUGCGCUUUUCAGAGUACAGGGCAGCUUCAGUGCAAAAUCUACGACUCCAUUCUGCAAUUAGACAGUGAUCUUCAGGCAACCCGUGCGUUGAUGAUUGUGGGUAUAAUCGUGUCCAUUGCCGGUCUGGGUGUGGCCUGCAUGGGAAUGAAGUGCACAACUUGUGGAGCCGAUGACAAAGUUCGCAAGUCUCGCACGGCUAUGACAGGAGGCAUCAUACUGCUAGUGGGAGCCCUCUGCGCAAUUGUUGCCUGCUCGUGGUUUGCUCAUAAUGUGAUCCGAGCCUUCUACAACCCCUUCACCCCAGUGAACACCAAGUUUGAGUUUGGAGCAGCCAUUUUCAUCGCAUGGGGUGGUUCAUUUCUUGAUGUUCUUGGAGGAGCCAUGUUGGCAGCCACAUGUCCUCGAAGUAAACAAGUGUCAAAGUAUCCUAAAAGUAACCCUCCUAGGGCUGCCAACAGCAACAAAGAGUAUGUCUGAUCAAGACUGCCUCUCAAUGGACAGAGAUAGGAACUUCAUCAGGUGAAGAAUUUCUUCAACAGAAUAAUGGACUGAGCAUGUUGUGAGGUUUUAAAUUGAGUAUAGAAGAUAUGAGCUUACACAACUGUCACUGAGGAGGAAAACAGAUCAAACUGCCUAUCACCCCAUAAUAAAAUGGGCAAAUAAGUUCAAAUAAAUAUAUUUACGAAGCCCUCUGAGAGUUCAUGGGAUUCUAGGAAUUGAAUGUCAGUAUAAAUGUUCACAGCAUGCUUCGGCCUUCAUUGUUUCACUGAAGAAAUCAACUAGGAUGAUUUGUCUUUGCAAAAAAAGCAAAACUUGGAUAGAGAUUCAGAUAUGCUGAUGUUUUCAAGGUGCCCAAUAGGGAGCAUUAUAACCAACACGCUGAACAUGUGUUGUCCAAAAUGGAUGUAGUUUUUUUUAAAAGAUUUUUUUCUCCUAUAUUUAUCGAAUGGCAACAUAAAAGCUAACACUAUUAAUAAUGCAUAUAUGAUGCAUAUUCAUGUCACUAUUACGUGGGUAAUGUAAUUGCAGUGUUUUACAGAUGGCUGAAGGAUGAGGAAUAUCCUGUUAUUAUGAACAAUAUAUAUUUUCAUUCGCUUAACACAUUUCAGCAUUAAUCCAUCACUUAUUGUUCCACCUCAUGUUUAUGUUGUUAUCAUUCAUGAACUCCCUUGAAUAUCUUGUACAAUUAAAAAAAAAUAAGUUUGCUGCAUCUUGAUAAUGGCAACAGUGUUAAUUAGAUACUGUUUGUGCAUUUAUUUUACCUGCUUAUCUUCAAUAAAUGUUGUUUUCAUCAAAAUAGACUGGUUAUUAUUAUUAUUUUGGUUUUAAAGGACUCGCCUUCCAAAUGUGAAUCUGAAAAACACAUACAUAUUGUUUUCGUAAAUUAAAACUAAUACCACACCCUAGUGCCUCAAGUGUUAACACUCACACUUUAACGUAAAGUUAAUCAUGCUUUAUUUCUCCCCCAUAGCAUUCCCUCAAAACAAUUUACAAAAAUCCAUAAAUUUCCAUGCAAACAUCCUAAAAUGAAGACAAAUGCAUAAUUGGACCAGUAUAACAGAUCUUUAGAUCAUUCAGCUCAAUCAGUAUGCAUUUUUAUGAUUGUACUUAUUUAAUUCCAAAUUGAAGACAAAAGGCCCAUACAAACAGUGACCAAUUAAAAACAUUACCUUACUAUAACCAAUUAACUGAUGUCAUUCACAGUGCAUCUGAGACAAAGUCAAGCAGACCCCAGUUACCAAGGUAACCACAGGUCUACCAAAUGGCAUGUUACACAUUAACAGAGUUUAACAGGAAAAUGUCUUCUUUGGGAGAUGAGUGAUCUAACUUGCUUUGGUUAGCAUUGUUUUUCUUUUUCUGCAGUAAAGUGCAAAUUUAAUAUAAUAUACCCCAGAGAUCAGAGAUCAUCAAGAUCUUCACUUGGAGACAGAAAUGUCAAGACUGGUGCAUUCAGUGCUACAGAUACAUGACAUCUGCCAAUUGAUGGACAAGCCUAAAGAGGACAUGAAAGUCACUAGUUUUUUUGUUGUUUGUAUUGUUUUGGUUUUUUUGUAUGACCUUGAAGCAGUUAAAUGUUUGAAAGCUGUAAAGUGGAGGUAAGUGAGAACAUGAAAGAGGGAGAGUGUUGUCCAUUUAAACUCUGUAGGCUUGUUUUGGCACAGUUAAAUCAUGCAUCAGGCAACAAGU